AUGCACAAUCUGUUUACUGGGACAGCUAAGCAUAUUAUGAAGAAUGUAUGGUUAGAUCUAGAGAAGUCAUUGCUUGACAAGAAUAACUUGCAACAGAUACAAGAAAAAAUGGACAAGCUUAAAGUUCCCGCCAGUGUGGGAAGAAUGCCCAAGAAAAUACAGAACAGUUAUGGGGGCUUCACAGCUGAUCAGUGGAAAUCAUUUACAGUUCUUUUUUCCAUACAUGCCUUGUGGAAUGCCUUGCCCAGCAGUGACAUGGAAAUGUGGCAUAAUUUUGUCAUGGCUUGUUCUUGCCUGUGCUCUACUGUUCUUACAGAAACAAAAGCAUUGCUGGCCCACUCCUACCUUUUGAAGUUUUGCCAGGGUUUUGAAAAGUUGUAUGGCAAACACAGAGUAACUCCAAACAUACAUCUGCAUACCCAUCUUGUUGAGUGUGUCUUGGAUUAUGGACCUGUGUAUUCAUUUUGGCUGUUUAGCUUUGAGCGCUAUAAUGGAAUUCUUGGCGAGUACGGAACCAAUCAACGUGCUGUUGAGAUACAGUUAAUGCGCAAGUUCUCAUCAAGUCAGUUUAUGAAGGAUCUGCCUUUGCCUGUUGAGUUCCAAGAUAUAUUUAAACCUCUGCUUAACAGACUGUACUCAAAACAAUCAGGAAGUCUUCAAGAACAGUGUCUAACUGAGAAGGACCAGGUGUCUGGAGAAAUUAUCCAAGCUUAUGUGCUGUCCACUGGUCAUGUGCAAACUGGUGGCGAAUUUGAGAGCAGUUUCUAUUUGUACACAUGCUGUGGACAAUACUCAAGAGACACCAUAGAUGUAGAUGUUCUUCCCCAUCUAAAGAAAUCCUAUGCUACGUUUUUGGAUGGGCUGGAUGAAACCUCUGUUACGACUCACAUUGAAUGUUAUGCUUGUUGUAAAUUCAAUGGUGAUCUCUUUGGCUCCAUUAAAUCAAGAGGAGAUAGAUCAGCAUUUGUGUUGGCAAGGUGGUGUAAACUUGGUGGCACAAUUGACACCUCUGGAGCUGAUUUGAGACCAGGUGUUAUUGAUUAUUUUAUGAAACAAAAUGUACAAGUAAAUGGACAUUAUGUGACCUCUGUUUUGGCUUCUGUACGUUGGUUUCAAGCUCAUCCAUCAAGAUACUCCUUAAGUGCUCCUGUCGAGGUCUGGUGCAAAGAUCUCUUUGAACCUGAAGGUGAAUCAACAUUUAUUCCAAUUCAGAGAAUCAGUGGAAAGUUUAUACCAGCAAUUGACAUUCUCCAAGAUGAACAUGUCCUUGUGGUCUGUCCUCUUACACGCAAAUUGCAGUGUUAGCUUUAGUGCUUAUUAGAUUGAUACCAAUCAUAGUUUAUUUUAUGUUCAAGUUUUAUACCUUGAUAGAUAUAGACCAUUGCAGUUCUUUUUUCCAUCAUCAUGCCUUUAUUGACUUUUACUUUUUUUAAUUUGUUGAAGGUGGCUGGUGAAGGCCAAGGCAUCAAAUUGAUAUUGCUUUUAACUUCAGAUAAGUCCUGGAAAUGUUAUAAAAAAUUAAAUGAAUAAUUGAACAUUAACAAAAAUCAGCUCACCAAAAAGUCGCUUUAGGAAAAUGUUGGCCCAGUGCUUAUUAUCAGAAUUUAGGUUUCUCAGGCCCUCAAUGGUUACAUUACGCAGCCAGUAUAAAAUUGUCAUUUUUCUUAUUAAUUACUUGCGCUUUUGUUGGAAACUUAAUUUUGUUUUUAUUUGCAACCUGUUACAGUGGAACCUUGAUUUAAAAAACCUGUAUAUAAAGAAGUCCUCAGUUUAGCGAAUGAUGCAAUGCAUUUUUCACCCUAGUAAAAGUAAAAUAUAUAAAAAAACUUGAUAUAAUAAAACCUCAUAAUAUUGUGAACAUAUUUUGUGAGACCCAUGGCCCUUCCUUUUAUUAGGGUUCCACUGUAAGGCAUGGAAAUUAGCAAGAUCUCUUAGGGAUUUUCUAUAUAAAACCAUUAAAAUGACUGGCAAGCAACUAGUAAUUUUUUGUACAGUUCAUUUAGAUUAAUACCAUUGAAGUAUCAAAUUCCUCCAUCCUAGAUCACCCCUUCCCUUUUUGCUGUGCGCACCUUGUUAGACCCAAUCAGACAAUUGUUUUUUUGUUUUUUUUGGGGGGGGGGAGGGGGGGAAUAUUUGCUAUUCCUCCCAGCCCUCUUUUCUCCAAGGUCCAUUUAGUUGUGAUUUCCUUCAGCUGAAAAAAAAAAGUUUGUUAUCAUUGUUAUCAUUGUGAAGUCGGAAAAAGUCUGGUGACGAAAAUCUUGAAGUUAACUACUCGCUGGUCAGCGGUCGUUUUAGCGCCUUAAAACAGAAUGUGAUGUUGCGAGCUAGGCAAGGGCAAGAUUAUAGUAAUUUUCAACAUUUUUUAUCGUGUUCAUGGGUAGGAUAAGCCGUGAAAACACAAAGGAGGAGAUAAGACGAAUGAAAAGGAGAAGGAAAAAAAAGGAAACGACUACAGAGGAACCUUAACAAAGAGAAGACACUUGCGUCUGGAUUAAAGAUCGAGAAGGCUUGCCUCGAGAAACAACAAAAGAUAUGCGACUAUAUAGCGAGAAAAUAUUAUGAUCGAUGGCACUCACUUCUCAAGCGAGAGGAGGCUUCAAGAGAGGCUAGGACAUUGAUUCCAAGGCAAUCUGUAGCGCAAGGGAAGGUGUGUACUAUAUUUUAAAUCUUCAUAGCCAGAAAGGUUUUUAAGCGGGUGCAUCAUCUAAUCCUCAUUUUCAUCUCCCUUAAAGUGGAGAAGGAGGGGGGGAGGGGUGGUGGUUUAGGGUCCUGUCAGAGAAUGAGUCACUGCAUCAACCUCCUGAAACUGCUUGACCAAGUCUUCCUCAUUAGAAUAAAUUUUACCAUCAUCUCAAACUCUUAACUUCAAGUAAAGCAGCCAUGUUGAAAGUGUGACUCCAUCUACAUUUGCUGAUCUGACCUUGGCGUCACUGCAAUCACGUUACCAUGAAAAGAAAUCGCUAUUUAAAAAUCUGUUUAAAUAAAUAAAUACAUUACAACAUUUAGAGAGGCAUUUAUUUAUGAUUUAUUUCCUGCUCUGAAAAGGGGGGCUAACAAAGGAUUUACAGUACAUUAAUUUUUGUAUUUGACAAUAAAAAUCUGCGAUAAAAUAUUAUAAAACAUAACACGACGUUUCGACGUUUCCAGAACAUCAUUAUCAAGUGAACUAAAAUAAUAAAAUCGAGUAUAUAUAUAAUGAAGCGGUGAAUAAAUUACAAAGCGUUAAAAUUUAAACAAAGAGUUUGGCCCUAAUGGAAUCGCUCUGGGUGUUUAAAUUGGGCCUUAUUGUUCUUAUGUACAACAUUUCAUAAACAAGACAAUCCCAUUUCGUGCCACAUUUUUUAAGCAUUCUAAACUGGCUCUCAUUGAGUAAGUCAAUGUUCCCAUGGGCAUCUCUCAGGUGGCGACCAAUGGCAGAGUAUCGAUGAUCAGCAAUGCGUUGAAACAAAUGGCGCGUCGUAUAUCCGACGUAAUUUGAAUCACACAAAUCACAUUUAACACAGUAAACAACGCUAUGCUGACUUACGAUGCAUGGCUUGAUUUCUUUAAGCUUUAGGUCCUGCUCAAGUUUCUUACUGGUGUAGACUGGUUGUACAUCAAUGCUGAUUUUUGAACUGAGAUCGUGCAUUUGUCUUUUGGCAAUGUUCGCAGAGACUUGAUCUUUGAAAGGAAUACUGACUCUUAAAGUUUCAUCAGAUUUUGUCUUAGUAUCUGGUGUAGAGGAAUAAUCACAUUUGUCGAUAAUACAGUUCACCAAAGAGCUAGGUUAACCAAGGCGAUGAAACAUAGAUUUUAGAUGCCUACACUCAUCGACGAAUGCUUGAUGCGUUGAGGACAAUUCCUUUGCACGAUGAACCAUUGUUUUGAUAAGACACUUCUUGUAGUGCAAAUCGGUGUGACUUUGAAAAUGAAGUAAAAGGUGAAGUAAUAACGAUUAUGUAUUAACUUCGAUGUUGUGCCUACUUUUGCUCAAGUCGAACGAAGAAAAGCUCGAAAAUGGAGAAAGUCCACCGACAACUACCAGCGAGAGGUCUUGGUCGAAGAACUAUGCUCCAAGCAAUCCCAUUUGCUUCAUUUAAAGGUACUUGUGCACAAGGAACACGAAGCUUUGAGGGAGGAGUGCUUGACGUUACGCUACGUGGCCGCCACGCACGUUUUAUCAGCUUCAUGUAAUGCUUUAUAGAAAGACUUGAUGCGUACCCACUGUGAUAAGAUCGGUCGUCUUAUCUCAAAGAAGUUUGAUGUUGAUGAACAUAUUAAGAAUAUCUCCUCAUAUCGUUUAUCAUUCUUCGAGAAGCUUGUCAUAUGCAGAGGUUUGAAAUUUUCCUUGCCACAGAAGGUCUCACCAAAUGGACUUUCUCCAGUUCAAAAAUCAGCAUUGAUGUACAACCAGUCUACACCAGUAAGAAACUUGAGCAGGACCUAAAGCUUAAAGAAAUCAAGCCAUGCAUCGUAAGUCAGCAUAGCGUUGUUUACUGUUUUAAAUGUGAUUUGUGUGAUUCAAAUUACGUCGGAUAUACAACGCGCCAUUUGUUUCAAUGCAUUGCUGAUCAUCGAUACUCUGCCAUUGGUCGCCACCUGAGAGAUGCCCAUGGGAACAUUGACUUACUCAAUGAGAGCCAGUUUAGAAUGCUUAAAAAAUGUGGCACGAAAUGGGAUUGUCUUGUUUAUGAAAUGUUGUACAUAAGAACAAUAAGGCCCAAUUUAAACACCCAGAGCGAUUCCAUUAGGGCCAAACUCUUUGUUUAAAUUUUAACGCUUUGUAAUUUAUUCACCGCUUCAUUAUAUAUAUACUCGAUUUUAUUAUUCUAGUUCACUUGAUAAUGAUGUUCUGGAAACGUCGAAACAUCGUGUUAUGUUUUAUAAUAUUUUAUCGCAGAUUUUUAUUGUCAAAUGCUUUACCAAAUCUUUACUUAUUAAUUUUUGUCUUGCUGAAAUGUAGGUCAUUGCAAAAGCAACAUGUGAAUCCAUUGUGGAAAUUGACUGUGCCCUUUUGGAGCCCCCAAAAGAUGAAUCUGGAAUGGAGGUGAAGGUACAUCUGGGUUCUGGUGUGUUUGGGUGCUGUAACAAGAUGUUUUACAGGGGCAAUCCUGUUGCAGUUAAAACAUUUUACUCUGCUACAGCAGAGGAGGUCAAACAGGAGGCAAGAGUCAUCUCAAAUUUCAAACAUGCAAAUUUUCCUCUUCUCAUUGGGAUGUGUACUCUUUCAAGGCCUUACCAUCUAGUGUCGUCCUUUUACCAUGUUUUGGACAAGCCUUACACAUUAUCUUUGGCACUGAAGAGCAGAAGUUUGAACCUUUCACAGGUUAUUUGGCUGACCUUGAUCAAUCAGUUGGCUCAGGCAAUAUCCUAUUUACAUAAACAAGGAUUUCUUCACAGAGAUAUCAAAGCAGAUAAUGUCCUUAUCUCACAUGUAAACAAUAAGUAUCGUGCCAUAUUAAUUGAUUUUGGUAAAUGUGUAGCUUUAACAGCAGUCGGUUCCCUUGUGAAACAUUUCACUCCUGAAGAACGAAAACUUUAG